UAGCUUGGCGCGACUUCCUGGAAGAUUGACAGCCCCUCGUUCAGUAACGGAAUCGAGAGCUUCCGUUGUUGAGCGAAGCCUGCGUUAAAAAAAGAAAUAAUUCCCUGCUUUGAAAGUGUCCACGAAGAACGCCCACUCUGGAUUUUACACGGACCUACAGGGUAUGAACGCGGAGUGGACGCUUCAAACAAAGUGUAAGAGGAGGUAGACCUGUACGUUUGAUGGCUGCUGGGGAUGGAGCCCAGCUGCCUGCCACAGUAGCGGCCAGUCGUAGCGUGGAAAAAGCGCUCGAGGAGGCUGCCACGAGCGGGGCUCUCAACUUGUCAAACCGCAAACUGAAGGAGUUUCCUCGGAGCGCCAAGAACUAUGACCUGUCCGACAUAACACACGCAGAUCUGUCAAAGAACCGCCUGUGUGAGCUGCCAGAGGAGCUGUGUCAGUUCAUCUCCCUGGAGACACUGAGCCUGUACCACAAUGGGAUGCGGUCCCUGUCCUCCAGCCUCAGCAACCUGCAGGCUCUCACCUACCUCAACCUCAGUCGUAAUCUCCUGUCCAGUUUACAGCCUUCGGUCUUUCAGCUCCCCCUCCUUCGAGUGCUCAUCAUCAGUAACAACAAGCUGUCUUCACUGCCCGCCUCCAUAUACUCCCUCACACAACUCAGACAGCUGGAUGUAAGCUGUAAUGAACUUCAGCGUCUGCCAGCAGAGCUCGGGCAGUUGGAGUGUUUGAGAGACCUGAACCUAAGAAGGAACCGGCUCACCACGUUGCCUGAAGAAAUAUCUGAGCUGCCCCUCGUUAGGCUCGAUGUCUCCUGCAACCGAGUUUCCCAUCUGCCUUUGUGCUAUCGUCACCUCAGGCAUCUGCAAAGCAUCUCCCUGGAUAGCAAUCCACUGCAGAUGCCACCAGCGCAGAUCUGCUCCAAGGGCAAAUACCACAUCUUCAAGUACCUCAACAUGGAGGCCUGUAAGAGGAGCCAAGAAGAGCUGGAGAAACACCUGAGACCCACUGGAUUUAACAGCUGUCUGUCAGACCAGGAACUGUUUCCAGGUCAGUUAGGAGGGCUCGACUCUGGCUUCAACAGCGUUGACAGCGGCAGCAAACGAUGGUCUGGGAACGAGUCUGCUGAUGACUUCUCAGAGCGCUCCCUCCGCAUGGCCGAGGUCAACAGAGACCAAAGUAACCUGGAGGAGGAGGAAGAGGAAUCGAACAAAGUGAAUGGAAAUGCUGAGCAGGUCGACUUCAUUGACAGCAGUGUGACAGAGGAAGAGGACGACAUCAGGACCAAUACAUCCACGCCUCCUUCGGAUCAGAAGGACAGAUCGUCACCGUUGCAAUCCCAGGAGUCAACAACAUCCAGAUCUAGCCUCCACAUCGAGCUGGGCUCUUCAUCUUCAGCCUCCUCGUCUCCUCUGUCCCCCUCCAGCCCCUCCCUGGAGGAGCGAAGGAGACCUGGCACCUUGUUCAUCUGGCAGGAGAGAGAACGGCUUCAGCAGCAGCAAAAGGAGAAAGCAAGUUCGCUGAAGUUCUCCACCAAAACAGGAAGUCAUGUGGCCACUGCACAGCAGAUGGGAAGUAGUUCAUGUGGUACAUCACCAGAAAACAGCAAAGCAGAGAAUGGCACAUCUGGCCUGCGACACAGAUGUGCAAGUGCUGACCAGAUGAGCACAGGCUCUCCCUCAGUCUCUCUGCAGCGAUCAAGCAGCAAGACAGAUGUCCCGUCCUCCCCCAAGACGUCCCCCCCUCCCGGUCAGGCCCAGAAACCCAGCAGCUUCCUGUUUCGGACGUCCUCUCACAGCAGCGUCAAACCCACAGGGGCCAUCUUUUCUCUUGGGGAGUCUGGCAGAAGCGAGUCUCGCACAACGCUGCGCUUGCCUAAAGAGGAAAGAUCGGACAUCACUCAGCUACGCAAGACUCUAGAGUCCCGGCUGAAGAUCACCCUACCAGAGGAUCUGGGUGAAGCUCUGGCCAAUGGCACCAUCCUCUGCCAGCUGGUGAAUCACAUCCGCCCACGCUCCGUGUCCAUCAUCCACAUUCCUUCCCCAGCGGUGCCCAAACUGAGCCUGGCAAAGUGUCGACUCAACGUGGAAAACUUCAUCGCCGCCUGUCGCCGGCUGGGAGUCCCCGAGACUGAAGUGUGUGUGUGCUCUGAUGUGCUUCUGUGUAAGCUGCCCAAUGUGCUGCGCUGUGUGACAGCCCUGCUGGCCGUGGAGGGGGGGGAGAAGGACCGGUCCCACUCCUCGCCUGAGGCUUCGUCGUCCUCCACCUCGCUGCUGUCCGCAGACUUCUUGCUCUUCUACUGUGCAGCCAUGGCGCUGCUCUACGUCCUCUACUGCUACCUGCUCCCUUAAAGCAACGACAUGUGACACGCAGUACGUUCGCCAUAGCAACAGGCUGUUAGCAUAGAAAGCAAACACACAGAAGAGUCACAGCAGUGUUUGUGCUCAUGUUGUCAGACCUGUAAAUGUGCUGCUUUGUACUGGUGACUGAACAGAAGCGCUCCGUGAUGAUUGUCUGUCUGCUGCACCACAGCUUCCUGCACCAUCACCAACCGUCUCCUGGAAGUUCAUUUAAACCUGGGUCGCUCCGCUAGUGACAAAUGAAAGGACACUGCUCUCUGUCCCGAUGACACUGGUUAUACUGGUGAAACUCUGGUUAUACUGGUGAAACUCUGAGGGAAACAGAGCCCAGCUGUUCUGUGUAUUUGAAAUCUCAGGUUAACCAAGUGGCUUAUUAGACAUGCUGGAGGAUGUUCCAGCUCACAGAGAGAAGCUUUCAGUCACACUGUGUGUAUUUGUAUUGUUGGGCUCAAUGCUUUGCAUGAUUCACAGUUCCUGAUGUUUCCUACACUGGCCCUCACUGCAGCCCUCUCCCCUCCAGAUAAUCCUCACUCUUAGCCAGUAUCCAUCUGAUUAGCUGUACCUGACAGGUGGGCGGGGCCUCUGUGUCUGACACACCCAUAUAGGGGAUCUCUGCUUUCGCUGACCUCAUGAGGAGCUCAUACAGAGCAUCUGCACCUCAUUAUUUAAUACAAGAAUACACAAAAUAAAGGCUAAUGUUUCCUGAUGUGAGCGAGUGAAACGUGCCCGUGCUUCAGCAGGGGGCACCGUUCCUGCCUCAGCCUGUCAGACCUGAGGUUCAAACCCCUCCAGGACGCUCUCUGUGUCAGCUCUGUCAGUGGUCUGUUUGACCAAUCAGGGUUAACCCUGACUCGAACCUUUUGUCUGUAUAAAUGUAAACAGGUCAUUAAAUUAUUGCUUUAUUUAUUUUGGGUUCUGUUCUAUGUUUGGCUAUCUCGCUGAAACAAGUCCAACAUCUUACCGGGAGUUUUAAAACUUGCGAUUAGUGUGUGCACUUUAAGUCACUCUAACAGGUCAAUGAGAUGUAUCCAGGUAAAAUAACCCUGUUACAAAGUUUCCUUUGGAGAUUCACAGAUGUGAUUGGCUCAGCGUGGAAGCCUCUGCUGUUUCUACUCAGGGCCAGUGUGUGUGCAACCAACAGGACAGAAACUCGUUACUGCAGGACGACAGAUUUGGGAGAUUCAGGCUACUGUGAGUUGCAUUCAGUGUUUGAGCAAAUAUUCAAACAUCUGAAACUCAGAGUGUAGGCGAUAGUAUUUCACUGGGAGAAAUGGGAAAUGAAAACUGUUUCCUUUUAGCUUCAUACACGUCACCACUUCAACUUCCUUAAAAAAGUUGACGUGCUUCCUUUCAUGUCAUUAAAAGUCCCUUUCAUUAUGUUAAAGUCAGGCUGUCCCAUUGCUGACUUUAUUAUUUCUAUAACUUUCUAUUUGGCUUUACAGCAGUUUCCCAGCUAAGUGAGUGAGUGUGCACGUCACCACAGACUGAUCUGACCUCAGACCCGCUCGUCUUCCACUUUAAGGAACUCUAUGAGGAGCCGGUUUAGCCUGUCGGCGUGGUAUAAACUUCCUGUGAUGUCACUCUGCUGAGACACAGCAGACGUUUGUUGUUUAUUCAUGAUGAGUUUAGCGCUGCUGUUGGAGGUAACAGCAACUAACUGAAUCAGCCCGCCAACUAAAAUGUGACCCGUAAAGACCAUUGAUUUAAAGAUAAUGGCUCUUUUUUUCCAUCACUGUUGCUGCUGUGGGACUAAAACUACACGAUGCAGUCUGGCUUUUGGCUUCAGGGCCACUUUACUUAAAGGCUGCUUCAGUCUAUCAGCUGUUUGUGGGCCAGCUGAUUCGAUCAGUUUAUAUAUGAAGCGACAGUAGUUGCCUCGAGGCUCUCAGCUGAUGAGAUGAGUGAGCAGCAGAGCGGCGAGCAGCGGCUUCCUGUUACACGUGUCCUUUGUUACAUAUGAACUUUGGUUAUCACAGACUUACAUGGGUCCACUUGUAAUUCUUUAUGUAAAUAGAUUAUGGGCUCAUAUACAUGUUACACACUGCAUUCAUCAUUAUCUCGAUUAUUUAAUGUGAAACACUCGGUACCUGAAUCAGAAGCUAUUGUAAAUUUACUCCUAAACAAACAAACAGAAAGUCUGCACGUUUGUGUGUGAGCACUUAUUUCUGUGCUGCGUGGCAGGAAAGGCUGUUUCCCCUUAAAUGUGCCACAUUUGUGUGGAAAUAACAGGAAAAACCUGCCAGACCUUCUCUGCUGAUGUCAAACAGCUUGUUCUGCUUUUUGGAUUGGAUGAUUGAAACAAGACUUAUCGGCUGUGGAAGAACCGUACACAGGUACAGCAGCCUGGCACCUGGGUUCAUGCAGGUCACACACUGCUGUUGGACGGCGUCCGACCAGCGCGUGUCACAUGUGCCGGUGUGAGUGUGUUGGUUAGUCUGGGACAAACAGGCUGAUCCUAGAAGUGUUCGAUGGGACUGAGGUCAGCACUGUGGGCAGGUGGACCUUUGGUGCAUCUCCCACCAAAGGUCCUUUCUCACCUUAUCAGGUAAGAGAGUCCUGUUAUGUCUCCUCCACACUUUGACCCGUUCAGGCUCCAGCAGCACCACAUGGUCAGAAUAAGCUGCUUGGUGCUGACAGAGAAGCUGUGGCAGGUUUUCAUGGUGAAGGACACGCUGAGCUCUGUCCCAGCGUCUCGUUACAACAAAGAAACAACGUUUCCUUACUUUCUGUUUAAAGUUUAUUUAACAAUUCUCACUUUCUGGAGUUCCUGUUUCAACACGUUCGUCUGAAGGAAAUUUUAUUCUAUUUAUUGUUUUAUUGUGUUUAAACUUCUAUUUUUUUAGCGGUUACAGACCAAUGACCGAGCAAAAUAAAUAAAGGACACAAGUGUUGCUUUAUUUCACUUUAGACAUAAUAUAUGAAGUAGGUGCAAAUGAUAGUUGUAGAAGCUGAGCUCCGUUGAUGUUGGCUCUGCUGCGCCCUCAGUGUGAGUACAGUGGGACUGAUUGGCUCUGGUGUGAGGACGCUGUUUUAUAUUGAUUUAGAUUUUUGUCCUUGUAAAACCAAAAUAACUGCUUCUUCUAUCUGACAGUUUUAUGAACUCUGCUGUUGUUUCAGCUCAGAUGUAUAUUUUUGUAGGUCAAACUGGACGAACACUAACUGAUAAAAUACACAAUGAUGCAGACAUGUUCUUCAAUGUUAGUCCAAAUACAUUUGUAUUGUAUAUUUCUACACCUUUUACUAACGAGGAUGAUUUUUGACUUUUUCUGUUGUAAUUAAAUGAUUUCAGAUGAACUCUUUGGUGCUUCUCUGCUGUGUUUGCUUUGCUGCUGUUGUGUCUUCCUGCAGCUUCAGUGUCUCGUUCUGUGAAGCUUACAUGCGUCCACCUCGCUCAUGAAAUCGUCUCAUCUGUCUUGAUUUUCGACCCGUCAUGUGUGAGUUGUGACAAACCAUCAAACUGAUGUGAAAACUGCUAAUGAGUCUGAAACCUCUCGGUUCUCUUUUUUUCUGUUAGAAAAACAAAAACCUGUCAGAGUUUCUAUAAUACAGUGACAGCAGCAUCAGGCUGUGCUCUAACAUCAGUGUUUCAAACCCAUUUAAACACCUGCGUUAGUCCUGAGGCAGCUCGUGCUCACACAGGUUGGAGGUGAGGAGAUUUAUACCGAUGUUCAUUUAAAUUGUUCCCUUUUGUGAGGCUCAUCGUUGGGCUUUAAAUGUGGAGUCAGACAUAAACCAUUCAAUCUGUAUCUGUUCCACGUUUCUCCAAUGAGACAGGAGCUCGGAUGGAAACACAACAUGAUGUUCGGUCACUGUCACGUGUUAAAAGCUGCACUUGGCUUCUGCAACAUGGAGAAUAACUUUUAAGUGUGUCGGUGUUUUUCUCAUUAAUAUAUUUAAUACAGAUGUAACAACCUGAGUAUUCAACACAUGCAAAGUAAAAGUGGAAAGAAGUGCUGGCCACACUAAAAUGUGUUUAAUAUUUAGUAGACGAGCGUUUCUUGGUAGUGACAGCUUGAACGAAGCCUCCUGUACUGCGUUGCUCAGGUAUGAUCUUGGCCCUCUGUGGUUCCAGAGCUUCUCUCUGAACUUGGAUAUCAGUGUUUUCCAUCGAGUGGAUUCGAGUUGGGUGAUUGGCUGGGAUCUAUUUUCUUUCCUUGGCUGUGUGUUUGGGAUCACGUCCACGUCUGCCAUCGUCGUCUCCCACAUGCUGAACAACAGCCCUAAACCUCCAAACUUCACUGUUAUUUCGGUGCUUUUGGGGUGACGUGCAGUGACAUCCAAAGACUUGCAUUUUGCUCUCUGACCACGCUGAACGUUAACAGUUCACUGGUUUGUCUGAAUGUUACACACACACACACACACACACACACACACACACACACACACACACACACACACACACACACACACACACACACACACACACACACACA